ACACAUACUGGGGAUCCUGCAAGGCAGCCCUGCUUAGGAUCACUGCAUCCUGUACACUACAGGGACACAAAAAAGGAACCAGGAUCACUUUGGAUCUAGGAUUUAGUUAUUUAUGUGCAUCUUGUUAUGGGUUGAUCAUUCACUACAGAACCUAUUGCACUUUGCUAGGGGAUUGUACAAACACGUGGAUACUGGAUAUGUAUUAGUUACAUGUGAUCUCUAUCUCUGUAGUGCUAAAACUCAGGGGAUGAUAUAGAGUUGGACCCUGCUAACUUCAUAGGGUGGAGGAGAAGCUUUUUCUCAUCUCAGGGACACACGGAUUUGCAAGGUGUGAAAUAUUAAGACAAUGGUUUAAAGGAAUAAAUGAAUCAGCAGCAAAUUACUGACGAGCUCCUGCUGCUUUUGGUCAGGUUAUAGCAGAUACAUUUUUAGCAGCUGAGAAAAAAGUUGCAUAUUCCUAUCAUCAGACUGACUGAGCUCUGGCACUAAUGGAAAAACUGACAAGUUAAAUGCACUUGUAAUAUUUGCACCUGUCUAAUGGGUACUGGUAAUAGGAGUAUAUUACAGAGGUGCUGAAAUAUUCCCAUCUCUGCACCAAAUCUGCACAUGGAACAUAGAUACAGACUAAUGGAAAGGUGGUAAAAGAUGAGGCCUUCAGUGUUCCUGGCUCUUAUGAUUUUUUCUGCAGUAAGUGCUGAUGUAAAACUGGUAUCAAAAAGAAACUCAGUGGAUGGCUGUAUUGACUGGUCAGUGGAUCUGAAGACGUACAUGGCUUUGGCAGGCGAUCCUGUCCGACUGAAAUGUGCCCUAUUCUACAGUUAUAUCAGGACUAACUACACUAUGGCUCAAAGUGCUGGUCUAAGACUUAUGUGGUACAAAACAAAAGGAGACCUUGAAGAACCAAUUAUAUUCUCAGUGGUCCGAAUGAGCAAAGAUGAUGACUCUAUAUGGGUGCAUACAGCAGAGGUGCAGGACAGCGGAUUUUACACUUGUGUUCUCAGAAAUGCAACAUAUUGUAUGAAAGUGUCAAUGUCUUUGACGGUGGCUGAGAAUGAGCUGGGCCUUUGUUACAACAGCAGAAUUCGAUAUGUGGAGAAAGCAGAAGUCACCAAAAGGAAAGUGAUAACUUGUCCAGAUAUAGAAGAUUACAAGUCACCCAAUGAGGACAUGGAAGUGGUGUGGUAUAAGGAAUGCAAACCAAAGAAAUGGAGGAAUUUGGUUAUACAAAAAGGAAAUAGUCUAUUAAUCCAAGAAGUUCAAAAGGAAGAUGGAGGGAAUUAUACUUGUGAACUUAAAUAUGAAGGCCGGCCAAUUAGACGGACUGUUCAACUAAAGGUAACAGCUUUACUCACAGCCAAACCUCCCAGGCCCUUGUUCCCAGUGGAGAACCAGCCAAGUGUUAUAGAUGUCCAGCUGGGUAGACCACUCAGCGUAUUUUGCAAGGCUUUCUUUGGAUUUAGUGGAGAGUCUGGCCCUAUGAUCUAUUGGAUGAAGGGUGAGAGAUUUAUAGAAGAACUAGAAAACCACAUUAAAGAAGGAGUUAUCAGGUUACUUAAAGAGCAUCUCGGGGAGAAAGAAGUGGAAUUAGCAUUAACAUUUGAUGCAGUACAAGAAGCGGAUUUGGGUAAUUACACCUGCCAUGUAGAAAACAGGAAUGGAAGGAAACACGCCAGCGUCAUUCUUCGUAAAAAAGAAUUAAAAUAUAAUAUUGAACUGGCUGGAGGUCUUGGAGCAAUUCUACUUGUGUUUAUUCUGCUUGUGGUCAUUUAUAAGUGCUACAACAUAGAGCUAAUGCUCUUCUACAGACAAAAUUUUGGAAGUGAUGAGGCUGCAGAAGACAAUAAGGAAUAUGAUGCCUAUCUUUCAUACACCAAAGUUGAUCCGGACUCCUUAGAUAAUGAAAGCAAAGAAGAAGAGCAGUUUGCACUCGAAAUUCUUCCAGAUAUCCUGGAGAAACAUUAUGGAUACAAACUAUUUAUUCCGGACAGGGAUAUGAUUCCCAGUGGAACAUAUAUGGAGGAUCUCGCCAGAUGUGUAGAACAAAGCAGAAGACUGAUCAUUGUACUGACCCCAGCUUAUGUUAUCCGAAGAGGGUGGAGUAUCUUUGUAUUGGACAGCCGUCUCCAUAACAUGCUCACUAGUGGGGAAAUUAAAGUCAUACUGAUAGAAUGUACUAAUCUGAGAGCAAGAGUGAACUAUCAAGAAGUGGAAUCAUUAAAGCAUGCUAUUAAGCACCAAUCAUUAGUCAAGUGGAAUGGGCCCAAAAGCAACAAAAAGAAUUCCAAGUUUUGGAAGCAUCUAGUGUAUGAGAUGCCUGUGAAAAAACGAGAAGUGUUGUCACGACAGCAUGUCCUAGAUAGUGGUGAGCAGAGUCUUUUUGGAGAUUUGCAUACUGUACCUCCUGUUGCGGUAACAGGAACAUCUGCCAGUUUGGCACCUUCCCAAGGAGACAUAUCAGGUUUCCAUCAUGCAGAUCCAAUGCAAAUGAGACAUUUCUGCAGAGCAUAUGAAUAUGAGAAAUCAUCUCUAGGCAAUCAUCAUACCUACUGUAACAUACCUUUAACCCUAUUAAAUGGGCAACUGCCCCAUAACAGUGCAGUCAAAGACCCACAAGAAUUUCACGGCAACAGUAAAUUGAUACCAAUCUCUUCAAAGGAAUUAAGCUUCACCAGUGAUAUUUGGUAGUUAAAAAAAAAAAAAAAAGAACUAAGACAACUCGUUUCUCUUAAUUUACAAACUUUUUGAACAUUUUCUUCUACUGGAACUUAAAAUUCUACCACAGGGGUCCUGAAAAAGCUUUUAAAUGCUGACUCAAAUACUCAGUUUUCUACUUGAACAUUUUGUUUACAUUACAGGAUAUAA